AUGACGCCAUGGGCAGCGCUGCUAGAGAACUACGUUGGCUUCGAUGCCGACAUGGGUAACAGCGACAUCGUCACGACGGCCAGCAGCGCGGCCACGUCACCCAAGGCCGCCUCGUCACCGGCCAGCGCCUCGGACGACGACGACGAAGUGGUGGACGACGAGAGCAUGGACCAAGGCGAGCAAGGAACCGUGCUCCAUGCGACAUACAUGUACUACCGGAAUACCGCACAUAAUGUGCGCGGCACGGAGACGUAUCGCCUGCACACGCGCACCAAUGGUCAGAGCUCGGCGCCGUUUACGGUCGCCUUGCCGUCCGUGCUUGCAUUCGGCUCACUGCGCGCGGGCUGGCCCACAACGACAAACGUGACAAUCGACGGCUUCCGCGCCGUCAUCACGUUCCCGCCGACCGUGCGCACGCCGCUGGCCAAGCCCGCGCGUCCGUACGCGAACCAGUUGGAGAAGAUUCGCUUUGUGUGCUACUUGCUCACCCACGCGUCGACGUGCGUCGUCACGACGGGCAUGUGCCAAAUCGAAAAGUGCGACGACAUCAUGCGCUACUUCAGACACAGCACCGCGGCGGGCGCAUCUGUUUGCUCUGCAAGCAAUUGCGCACUCUCGUGGGACUCGAUGCUAAAGACUGCUCGGUGGCGACGCUGA